ACAUCAUAAAGUUAUUUGCCAAAAAUAAUACAAAAAGAAGAAGAAGAAGAAAACUCAGAAACCUUGUUUUAUAAACACAUGGGAACGUUGGCGCUCUUGAACGCCUCUCUUUACAAGUUGUCAACAAAGAUGGCGAGGAAGCCUCAGCGCAGCUGGUUGCAGCCAUCAAGGUGAUUCAUCGCAUCAUUCAGUUAUCGGUUUUAACUCCUGACUGAGCUCCGUCCGUCAGAAGAUGAAGAUAGCUUUGCUGGGAGCCACUGGGCAGACUGGACAGUAUCUGGUCAGACAGGCGCUGGAGCAGGGCCACAUGGUCACCGCCGUCGUCAGAAACCCGGUGAAUCUCGCAGUGCACCAUGACAACCUCAAGGUGGUGACGGCUGAUAUUUUCUCAGCGGACAGUCUGAAGCCUCAUUUCAAAGACCAGGAUGUGGUCAUGUCCUGCCUCGGCUUUCCGGCUUCCUUCUUCUCUGGGGUGACGGGCUACACCGCAUCCAUGGCGGCCGUGGUGGGCGCUAUGAGAGACGCCCGCGUCAACAGGAUCAUCACAAUGACCUCCUGGUACACAGAGCCUGACUCUGGAACCCAGUCUCCAUACCUGAUCCGGUUCCUUCUGCUGCCGAUGAUCCGAAGCGUCCUCAGCAACAUGUAUGAGAUGGAAAGCUUCCUGGAGAAAACCGAGGACAUCAACUGGACCGUAGUUCGCCCCCCGGGCCUCAAGAACCUGGCGGCCUCAGCUCAGGAGCUUGUGACACAUGAGGGAUACUUUGUGCCUGACAGCAGUGGUCAGACUGUGGGAAGAGGAGAUGUGGCUCGCUUCAUGCUCUCUCUGCUGAACAGCAAUGCCUGGAUCAAGAAGGGAGUUGCCAUCACCACCAAGUGAAAGGAAAGCAACAUAACUAUUUCACCAGAAAUAGUUAUGUUGCCAGAUUGUGGCAGUGUCUAACCAUGGAGGUUUUUUUAAGAUUACUUACGUGUCCCCAGUACUAAAUUAGAAAAUGUGCAAUCAAAGAUACUUUACGUUAACAAUAGCUUAAAUGGGAGGGUUAUUGGGUGAAUCCGGCUCGUUUCGUCUCUACGCAGCAACCCACCAAACAGCAGGCUUUUAUAAUAUGUCUGCUCUGGUUGUAAUGUAAUACACAUUAUGUAUUGGAACAGGAACAGGUUCUUAAUUGUAUGUGUCUAAAUGACGAACAGAAGGAAAGACCAGAUUGCCAUCAAACAGUGUCAAGUAGUUAACCUCACUGACUCAAUCAACCUGGAUUUCAACUCAGUGGGGCCGACUUCAAAUAGUUCUGAUUACAUAUAUAGGUGGUAAUGAACAUUUAGUCACCACUCAAAUAUGAGUGGAUAUGGAAUAAAUGUGGUUAAAUGUUCCAGAGAUAUGAGUAUUGUGUUUAGUCUGUAAAUACAUGCUCCUCUAAUAAUGCCCUAACCUUUACUGUGAGGUUUCAGUUAGUUAGUUGUAUUUGGAAAAGUCUUAAUGGUGAGAUACUGCCAACAAUGCAGGAAUAAAACACUUUUGGGGUCAGCUAUACUCCGGAAAGAUUAUUCUUAUAAUGGAUAAAACAUUUUUAUUGCUGCCUCACAUUAUGUGCCUGAUGCAUGCCUUAAUUUACUUUAGAUUAAUAUGUUUUUAUACCCAUAAAAAUCCUUCUACAUAUAUUUUGUACAGCUAACCUUUCUGUUAUGAGUAACGACAUGAUUACGUUACGCUGCACCCACAAGUCGGGGUGUAGUACAUACUUUCAGCCACAUAACUGUGGUAUUGUGCCAUAACUAGUAAUUAAAACUUACCUUGAUUCAU